AAAACAAUAUUAAAAUAUUCUCAAUAAGCCAUCUGAACACAAAUAUCAUUCUCAGUUCAUAUUGUGGUAUGUAAUGAUGAACAAUAAACUUUAGAACAUUAAUUUGAACUAAUUGAAUACAAUCAAUAGGUAAGUGAACGACACAUAUUUUUUUUAUUUUUAUAUUUUAUUUUCUUAAAUAAUACUGAAUAAGUAUAAGUGAAAGUACCUGGGUAUAUAAGUUUAUAAACGCUAUAAAUAAUAGCUACUUUUAAUUAAUGUUUAAUUUUAGGUAGGUACGAACAUUAUAAAUUAUUAACCAUUAUGAAUACCAACACAAAAAAAAAAAAAACACAAAUUUAAAAAAACAAAUUAAAUAUGUAUAGGUUACCUUACACAUAUAUCAGUAUUGCUUCUACUUUUUUUAAGUGAAUCAAAGUAAACUAAAUUAUUCCAAAUUCUACCAAGAAUAACAUUUUUUAUUAAAUUAUUUUGGGAGGACUUUUGAUUUUCAAUUAGCAACGUAUAUUACAAAUUCUAUAAAUAGAUGACAUUUUAGUUUAAAUAAACUAAAACUUCAUCUAAAUUAAUUAUUUUUAACAAUAAUCAAUCAUUUUCAUCAUUAAUCUCAAUUAUAAAUGUCUGCCAACCUGUUUACUACACAUCCCAUUUUUAAGUAUAGCUAGCUAAGAUGAAAGCAGUGAAGAGCUAUUUUCAAAGGUUUUACACCGCGGAGUCACACAAAUUAUGCUCCACUACUCUACCACUACCCAAAAUUAAAAAUGGAAUACCUUGUUAAUAGGUGGAUAAAAAUUAAAAAUGUCAACACCAAAAUCAAUGUACACUAAAACUUCACCUAUUAAUGGAAUUUUUAAUUUAGGUUAAAAACCAAAGGUGAAUAGUGUUUCAUCCCCAAAAAUGAGGGUGGCAAUAAAUAACGUUAAUAUAGCAUUUUAAAACUACCUAUUUGUUUCUUAAAUUGUCUGGAAAAAAAAAAUCUAAACUAAGUUAAAAUUUUCAGAGAUAAUAAGUGUAGAGGAUUGAUCACUGUGUACAAUAGGUAUAUUAACUAACAAGAUGAGCAAUUAUUUAAAUUUGUACGCAGUAUACUCAAUAAUCAUUAUUAGACCAGACAAUUUAAUGUAAAAUCAGUUUCAUUAAUUAAUAAUUAAUACUUAAUUGAUUUUAGAUUAAAAUUAUUGUUUAUACUAGAAACAUUAUUAUUUGUUUAGAGAAAAACUUUAAAGAGUUAUAAAACUACAAAUUGUAUCUAUAAUAAAGUAGAUGACUUAACAAUUGCAAAUGUAAUAGGUAACUACUCUUAAAAAUUGCAAGUGUAAAAAAAAACAGUGUAAUAAAUAAAAUGUACAAAAAAAAUCUUUAACAAUAUAAAAAUACAGCCGUUGUUAGGAAAAUAUGAAUGAAAAUUAAUAACAAUAAAAAUAUUAAAUAAUUGUAGUUAUACAACAUGUAUAAUUAAAACACAAAUAGAUUUUCUACAUUUAUAAAGUUUAAAUUAAAAUAUAAAGGUUGAUUCGUAAUCACGUUGAUUGUUUUCAUCGACUAUUAUAAUUAUCAUAAAUUAAAUUAACAGCUACACAGUAACAUAAUUUAUUUAUAACCUAUUGUUGUAGGUGGGACUUUGGUAAGGUAGAGAGGAAAUUUAAUGUAUAUUUGUACACAAAGAUUAAUCAUUGCUAACGAAAAAUACUGGUGGUUAUACAUGUUUUGAAAAAUUAUAAUAUUAACGGUUUGAAAAUAAUAUAUUUUGUAAAUUUUCCCUUUUUUUCACAUUUACUAUGAAAGCCCAGGAUUGUAACGAAUAAUACAAUAAAGUAUAAAACAUACAGUAUAAAACUAUUAGGUCCGUUUUCACAAUGUCCAGUUAAGUUUCAGUUAGCGCUAACCGGAAGUUAAAUUGAAAUUUAACCGACAGUUGGUUCUUACAUAGAUAGGUUAGGGAAAAAGUCUCCGGUUACCAGAGGUUUUACAGUAGGAUUUUUAACAAACGUAAUUCUGCAGGUUAUCCUCCAGUUAAGCUAAAAUCUCUCGUUACCAAUAGGUACUUAUUAAUACUUUUUAUGAUUACUGUUACUACUAAUAAUUUAUUCUGUACUACUAAUUUUGUGUUUUGAGUAUAUCUUGAGUUUAUCCAUAAAGUGUAUACAUUUCUGUUAGAAUUAUGACAAGAGCAAUAUGUCAGUAUAUAACUGCAAUUUAAUGGAAAGUGAUUCUUAAGACUACAAAAAUGAAAUUUCAGAAUUGAAUAUUGCAAUUAGGAAACAGAAAAUUUUAAGAGAACACAAUAACUACCUAAAAUUAUUAUUGGUUUUGCAGCCAACUCGACCAACAUACUCCAAUUGACCCCACUCCCAUUUUUAAAUUGUGAUUUUAGUAUUUUAAUUUGGUUUUUAGAUAUUAUUAAAUUAUUUAUUUUUAUGAAUUACCUUAGUUACACGGAUAGAUAUGAAAAAAAAAGUUUGGUCAAAAUAUAUCUAUGGUAAUUAUAUAAAUAAAAAUAAUUCUAAAGAUCUAUGUGCCAUAUUAUUUUAUGCAACAAAAUGUAAUGUUAGUAUUGAUGUUUUUUUUAAAUUGUCAUUGAAGAUAAAAAAAAUAUGUAGGCCUUUUUUAAAAAUUCAGUACAUUAAAUUAAAAAAAUGAAAGGCUGGCAUUUUUUUAUUUUUAUAGGCCAUCAUCAUCUACAACGAUUCAUUCCUCUUUCAAUCAUAGAUACCAUCCCCACAUACCUACAAUAAGUUAGUUAUUUUUAAUACUACAAUUCACUAGAAAUACAUAGCAAAACAACCUUCUAUUUUUUUUUUUUUUUGCGAUUUUGGUAUUUUUGCUUAUAUAUAUACAUACACCAAAUAAUUUAGCUAAAAAAAAAAUAAUAAAAAAAUGGCACGGGGAAUGCUGGGCAGGACAACUUUACAAUCAUUCUCAAGUUUUUCCUGAUAAUAUAUGGAAGUACAAUUCUACCUUUCAUAAAGAAAUGUUAUAACAAAAAACUAAACACAAGUCAAUCAAUCAAUUUCAUGGAAAAUUCCUGGCAAAGUAAAAAAUUAACUAUAGAAGAAAAAAUGUAUAAGUAUAUCAAUCAUUGGGACAAACAAUAAUUUAAUUUAACUAAUACAAUUUGGUUAUAAAUCUAGUUUAACACUCCCCCUCGAAUUUUUUUUUUUCCGGAAACAUGUAUUUCAACAUUUUAUAACUUAUGGUGCCAAAAGUGUUUAACUGAAAUCAUUAAUUUUAGAGUUAUUGUUGAUUUUCGGUGUUUUACACAUAUUCAAAAGCAGACUAUACUAAACGAACUACCUACAAGUCACCUGUUACCUACCAGAUGUGGUUUUGCACAACAAAUCGAGUUAUCUUCGAUUAAAAUUAUCCGAGUGAGUGCAGUGAGUACAUUCGGUCUCUUAAUCCGCCUAUAAUGCUAUUUCACUUUUCCCUGUUAUACUAAACUUAACCCGACUGGACGUGGUUUUGUAAUUUCAAAAAUACGAUAAUACCAUAUAUUUUUCUACGUUCCAAAAAAAAUCCGAAAUUUCGAGGGAGUGCGAAACUAGACCUUGAUUUUCAAUAAUUAAUUUUACACGAUCAUAGUUACAACGUUGGUUCACUUUGAUUUCAAAAACAAAUAUUGAAAACUUCGUUAUAAGCACUGUAAACUAUAGAGUUAUGCACAUGCGUUAACACCGAAAAUCGUGAACUUCGUAAAUAACUAAAGCAGUAACUUUAAAAUCAAUGGUUUCCUCAAAAAACUUUUGGCACCAUAAUUUUAAUAACGUUGAAAUACAUGUUUCCGAAAAAAAUUUAAAACUUCGAAGGGGUGCUUAAAUAGAUUUGUUCCAAUAAAUGUGCUAUAGUUGAGGUUAGGUGUUUUAUAGGAAAUACAUUAUAGGCACAACAAAAGAUUUCCUAAACCGAUUGGCAUGUCAUUCUACUCACCCUUUUCAAAUGGUCGCCUGGCAGUAAAUUUCGGUUCAGACAUGUCCUUCCCAUCUACAUCGUCAUCCUUAUCGACAAUCUUUUCGUUUGGGUCGAUAUUUUCGACCGGCACUUCUUUGGACCGGAUAACCUUCUUGGCUGCAACCUUUCGUUUAGGUGGCAUAAUGGUUAUAUGGUUAUGAUAAAUACGAUGAAAAAUCAAAACGUGUACAAUCCGGAAUAUAAUCACUAGGUACCUGUAGGUAACAAAAAAAAAACAAAACUAAAUUACAAUGUUGAAAUUAUCUAGAAGCAGUUAUUGUCAUUGUUAUUAAUGUAGUGGCGUCGGUAUAGCAUACCUAUGAGAACGUUAAAACGGGGAAACAAGUGAUAGAUCGAUAGCAAAAUGAACUGGAAAAGUUCAGAGGAAAACUGAAGCACACGAAAACGGGCACGCAGCAGCCAUCAACGAGCUACGGGCACGUCAGUAGCCAUUUUGAAUCGCAAGUCAAACCAACGGUCAACGGAGGAUUACGUAGGACGCGGGGGUCGGGAACGGUAUGCGGAAAGCGAACUGGUACCAAUACAGCGCUACCACCCCAAAAACCCGUGACGGUAGAAAAAAUCGGUUGCGACAACUUUCGUGGGAUAUUUCAAAUUAUUUACUUACACAAUAGUGUUAAAAUUUCCCCGCGUUUAAAAAUUCAAUUGGAACAUUAGUUGUCGAGAAAUUCAAUAAUUCUAAAACUAUUAUUUUCGGUAGGUAAGUGAUGUUCGUUUAUUAUCCAAUGGAAUAAUUAUUACCUCGUAUCCGACGCACCUGAUGUAUUUGUUCAGUUUGUUAUUCUCGACUAUGUAAAAUAUAAUUGGUAAAGCCGUAUAUACGGUUAUAAAUAGAAUAUCCGACCAUUAUUUAUUUCGUAUUUUAUAUUAUAAAAAAAAAAUAUGAUAAAAUAUAAUAUAUUAAAACAUAUUAUCGCUGUUAUCGCAUAUUAUCGGAUUUAUUUUGAUACUUUUAAAAAAUAUUCAUGGACAACGGUCCAAAAGGAAUAUAUUAUGUUAGAGAGUCUAUAGGUCAGUAGGUAUAUUAUAUUUUUAUAUAGGCUCUCUAGUUAUAGGUACUCGUAUACAGUUUAGAACCUAGGAUAAUAAUGCCGAUACUAUCAUACUGGUACAGUGAUACGUAUACCUACGGUACAAUAGUAUUGCAAAUUUACGUAUUUUACUUUUUAAGGGGAUUGGAAGCGACGAGUUUCUGUCUUUGUCUUACACACGUGAGAUAUAGGGAUUUAUAUAGACAAGUUUUAUUUCCAACAUACCAAUUAGUUUAGUGAAGCGAUAAGAAUUUUGGAAAUAGAUUUGAAUUUAUCGUGAAAUCUUCUUGAGAUCGACUUUCUCAUUUUUUUAAUUUAUCUCCUUAAAUUCUAAAAAAGCCAUACUGAUAAAAGAGUAAUUAAAAAAUGGAAUAUUUUAAUUUUUUGAGAAAAUAAAAUCAAAAGUCAAAAAAGUGGGAAAGUCAAUCUCUAAUAGACUUCACGACAAAUUAUUCAAAUCUGCUCUCAGAAUUCUUAUCGCUUCACUAGAUCAAUCGGUACGUUGGAAAUAAAACACGUCUAAAUCCUUAUAUUUCACGUUUAUAAGACAAAUACAGAAACUCGUCGCUUCCUAACCCCCGUUUGUUAAUAAUUUUACUCAUCGUUUUGAAUUACCCUCAUUAUUAUAUAAGGGCCAGAUCCAGAACAAGAUAAUAAGGGAGGAGGGCGAUUUGGAAAAUUGCAUAUUAUAUAUUAGACAAACGUUCGAUUACAUUAAUUUAUUAAUAUUUUUAAUUUUUGAUAGAGAAAUGUCGUUUACAGACAGAGUAAAAAAAACCAACAUGCUUAUCGCUAUUAUCCCCCGAAUCUAAGAUUUGUAUUAUUUUGUAAUAUUACAUAUUUGUACAUUGUUGAGCCAAGCCUAUACUCAUGUUAUUGAAUCGAUAUAAAUAUAUAAUUAUGAAUUUAAAAAACUUGUUUAUAUAUACGCACACCUAAUUUACCUAUAUUAUGUUAUAUGGUCCGAUUACUCCGAUUUAAUUUAAUAAUUUGAAUGAUUCGUAUAUUAUUAUACUAAAAGACAAAUUUAUCAUUUAUUUAUAAUAUUAUAAAACAAAAGCAAAAUAAACAAUUAAACGUUCUAAUAUAGAUUUCUACGCCACUGCAAGUCUACAGUAUACGUAUUAUUUAUUACAUAAGAUAUACUUUUUUAUGUCGUUUAAUAUUGACUUUUAGUUGAAAUACUUGAAACAAAUACCUACUUAACAUAGUUUUUACCUUAAAAUAUCAAUAAUAAUUUAUCAUUUAAUUAUAUUAAAUAAAUAUUUACUAUAUACACGGGUGAAUUUAAUUUAUUUUGGACUUUCAAUCGUAUUUUUCAUCAUUCAUAAUUCACGCAUUGUGACUAGGUACCUGCCAAAUUGAUUGACUUGUGUCAAAUUACUAUUGAAAUUUGACAACGUUGAACGUUUACAAUAUUUACUUGUAUGUAGAUCAAUAAUUCAUGAUAAUAUUAUAAUUUUCAUAUGCUGAUAACAAUAGAUCUCGCGACGAUAAAGUUGAUGUUAAAGCUUGAAGAGGACAAAAUAAACAAAACAAAUAUAAUAAUAUUAUAAUUAUACUGUUGACUGAUUGGUCAUCGACUCAUUCAUCAGUAUAUUUUUUUGCGUUUUAUCAUAAAUGUUAAUAGUAGAUAUUAAUAUUAUAAACGAAUUAUUAUUAUUUCUAUAUUGCUUCUCGUCGGCUGUGUCCAAUUUUACCUAUUCCAAAAUUGUUUUAUAUAUACUUAUAAAACAUUUUAUUCUAUUAAAUUAAUUACUACUUAUGUAUACUAUAUUAUGAUUAAAUAAAAGAUAAUCACAACAGAUCUCAUAAUUUAAUACUAUUUUGUACCUACGUCUGAUCCAUGGCCGUCCUUAGGGAGUAUAUGGGAGGAGGCAGAGUAUGUCAAGGCCCAAGGCCCAGGCGUCGUGUUCAGAAACAAAAAAUACGAAUUAUAAUAUAUUUUAAAUUAUAUACAUAAUAAGAAAAUUAUAUCAUUUCAUAGCAUUUUAAAUUUGAAUAAAAAUCAUUUUAGGACAACAACGACUAUUUGAUUAGACUUAUUGACUAUGAUUUCUAAUAAAAGUGAUUCAUGUGAAUGUUUAGGUCAGGGUGACAUAAUUUAUAGGUAUUUUGAAAGUUAAAUCACAAAACUUACAAAUAUGUUUAAUCGUGAACUUCUUUCUGAAUCAUUUUUCGUUAGCAAUGAAUAAUGAUGUGUCAUUGCGCACAGAUAUAAUAUAUUAAAUUACCUACUCUGUACAUGACGACAACUAAAAUCAUCAAUAUUUUAAGAAAACUAAAAACGAUGAAAUGAAACAUUCUUGCUUUUAUUUUAAAGUUGAUCAAACUAUACCUGGAUUAAAUGUUUGAUUUAGUCCCGGUUUUACUAUUCUAUGUUUUAUCUGAAGAAUAGGUAUUCUGAGUAUAAAGUUAUACUACAAAUUAUCUAGAGUAUAGAAUAUUUUGGUUUUAUAAAGUAAUAAAUUCUCUAGAUAAAAAUUCUCUGGAUAGCUUUGUGAUAUGAAUUAUGUGUGAAAUAAAGAAAAAUUAUUGUUUACAUUUUUCAAUCACCAACAAAAGGGUCACUUCAAAGUUUAUAGUGAAAAUGUCUAUAAUUUUUUUCUUGUGUGACCGUGAUGGAGGGGAGAGUGGUCAGAUUGUGGGGUAGUUAGCCAUACCCAACUCAGAAGUCUGUGCACGCCUAUGAAUUAAGUAUUUUAUAAUAUUUACGAUAUUCAAAUACUCUUUGGUAAAUACUAGUAGAUCAAAUAUACUAGUACCAUAUGUAGCUCCAUGGCCGGUCAUUGUGAAGUACUGUAGUUUGAUCUAAUUUGUUUUCAUCACUGUCCACGACAAGUGUAAUAUAAUAAAAUACUAUAUUUAAAUCAUUUCUAAGUUUUCAAAUUUCUAUUUAAAUAAUCUUUAUGUUUAAUAUUCUAUACUAUUGGAAAUUGUUCGUGUAGUUUGAGAAAUUUGAAAAUAUCAACAUUGUUCCACUUUACUUUAAAAUCAUCAUCGUGCAUUUGUUUGUUAUUAUUAUUAUUAACAGAAACAAUAAAAUAUAAUAAAUAAUUAAAAACUUAAUGUUAUUAUAAUAUAAUUGAAUAUUCAGUGUCAUUUAUAACAAUCCCACUGCCGGAGAAAUACAAGUUUUAUACCAGGUCAAAAUGAACAACUAUAGUUGUUGUCCAUUUACAAGAUACUAUUUUUACUCCCAUCUGUUAAAAUAGCACGCCAGUGGGUCAAAACGUUGAAAUAUUUCAACUUUACUAGCACACUAGACGAUGCUUUUUUACUGAUAAGUUAGUGAAAUAGCUCAUUACUUGAACUAUAUGUAUAUCCACGAUACCUAUGUAAUAAAUUGUAUUAAUAAGAAAUAUAAUAUCAUAUAAUAAUAAAUGUAUAUGAUUGGAAAUUCCUAUGCUCUAAAAACCCAAAAUAAAUGAGGUUUUAUAUAAAUGAGAACAGAAUAUAAAAUAUAUUUUAACGGUUGUGUGCCUAUGGAGUGUGGACGGCGUAUAGUCGCCGAGCAGCACUAUAAUAAUAUUAUUUUAGUCCACGGUCGAAAAGAUAUUUGGGAAAAAUUGACGAUAAGGCGAUAGGUGAUAUGAUAUUAUUUUGAUUGUGAGUUCGUAAACUUUGACAUACUGCACAGGAGACGAGACAUAACUAUAAUUUAAGUUUUCGAAUUCUUAUAGUCAUAAAUAAUAACGUUAUCGUUGAUCUCACAGCGAGUAGGUUUGUGCAUUUAUCAACCGAUUUGGAAAAUGAAAAAUAAAUACCAAUGGCAUACAAUAUUAAUAUCGUUUGAUUUUACUUCUUGUCGAAAACUGCUAAUAGUUUUUAGAGAGGGAAGCACUUAAAAUUAAAAGACAAUCCCUAACAACCCUAAAAUUGUCUACCAAAACAAAACAAAAUAGUACCUAUGGAUAUUAUUAGAAUUAAGAUUCUAUCAUUUAUUCACGAUUCUUAUUUGCUACAUACCCUCCCAUUGAAAUUUCCUGGGCACGCCACUGCCUGUUACUUAAUUUUAAUAAGUGUUAUUGAUUAAUAUUUUUAAAAUUAAAACACAUUUAUAAUAAUUUAUCAUGUUCAAGAAGUUUUUGCUAAUUAUUAACAUAGGUUAUUUAUAAUAAUAAUAGUUCUUAAUUCUCAUAGUUAUAACUUAUAACAUAAAAUCUAAAGUAAAAGGUACUAAUUUAUUGAUAUCUAUUGGUAUUCAUUAGUCUAUUAAAUGAUAAUAAAAAUAUAAAUAAGUAUAUAUAACUAAAAAAAUAGAAUAUUAUUACGAAGAAACAAAAAUUAACAUUGAUAAGGUUAAUACCCAUAUUUCUUACCUAACAUAUUUUGUGUAGAUAAAUAAGCUAUAAUAAAUAAUCGCCAAUGAUAAUAAAUCUAAAAGAAAAUAUAAAAUAUAUGACUGUAAUGUGAAUAAUUGUGCAACCUAUACAUAAAUUCAAAUUUCAAAAUUAUAGAAAUAUAAGAUCGGUGGUAAAUUGAUUUUCUUUUAGGGAGGGAGUAUAAGGUUGAUUUUGUUAACAUUUUCUAGUAACUAUUAUUAUUUAUGUAUAAAAUAUGUAUAUAUUUUUUUUUUAUAAAUAAAUAGGUAAUGUUAUUUAUAUUAUUAUAAAUAUUAAAGGAAACAGCGUCGUGGAGAAAUGUAUUCCCUUACACUCCCCUCCAUUUUACCACCCCUAAAUUAUUUUCAUAGAUAAUUUAUUAUCUAUGAUUAUAUUAUUCAAAUUCUGGUGUGCCUGGGUAGGUACCUGCUUUUAUUGUAUCAAUAAGUUAACCUUUCACCUACCUAUUUAUCAUAAUGUAUUUUGUUAUGCAAUUUUUGUAAAUCGGGCUCCACCCCGUUAUCUUAAUAAAUAACUAAAUAAAUAAUUUAAUAAAUAAAUAAAAAAUAUACAUAGGUAUACAGUGUGUUAUUCUAUUUAGUCAAUAAUAUUAAAUCAAUUAAAGUCAAUUCAAUGAAGUAGAAGUAGAAGUAUACUAAUAAAUAGUUAUAUUAUGAAAUAUAAUAGGUACCUAAUAAUAAUAACAUUCAAGUUGAAAGUAUAAUAUUAUAGUUUGCAAUUUAAAUAAAUAACAGUAUACCUACUUAGGUAAAUUAAAGUUUAGUUUUUAAGUAGAUACCUAAAUAGUAUUUUUAGUUAAAUAUUUAAAAAAUUAUUAAUAUUAUUGAUAUAAUAUAUACCAUAAUAUUCAAUUUUAGCUGUGUAAUUUCUGAAUAAUAUACAUUAUAUUAUAAUAUUUUGGUUAUAAUUUACAUACUUAUAGUUUAUUUUAAUUUUUUUUGAAAACCUACUGAACACCGUAUGACGUGAAGACACUUCGCUUUGCGAUAUUUUUUUUGUAAUCUAAAAUUCUAAAUGACCUAUUGCUUUCUAACGAUUUCUUGAUAAUUAUAUUUUCUGGUAAUAUUCAAGUUUCUAUAUUAUACCUAUUUCGAAUCGCGUACCUAUUGUACUUAAUACGGGUAACACAUAAAGUCAUAAACAUUAUUAUUAUAUACCUCUAACGGAGUAAACAUAUAUUUUUGUUUGAAUUGUAAUCAGCAUACUGCAACAUACUAUUAUUAUAAUAAUUAAUUAUACAAACAAAGUAAUAAUAAUAUUAUUAUAAUAUUAAAAUGUCUGCAGAUAAUAACGCCGUAUCACUUCAGGUCCCCACUGCCACUAUAAUAUUAUACGGUAAUAUCGAGUCAUCAUAAUAAUAAUAAUUAUUAUUUAUUACCUACACUCAUUUAUUUACUAUAUUAGUUAAGUACCUACCAAGUCAAUGCAUAACAAAAAAAAUAUAAUAUCGUCAAUUCUGUUAUAAUAAGUAAAAUCUAUCGCUUCAUUUGUAAUAUUGUAAACUUUUACGGGUAUGUGAUAUUAUAUUAUUAUUAUAAAUAUUAUGUGUCCAAAAACGUAUAAAAACAUUAUACACGUUAUAGAAGUGAACAGAAAAAAGAAACCGAACCGUCAAACAUGCAGAGGGCAUCGGCUAUUACGACACUGGUUUUGAUUGCUAGCGUUGCGUUUACAUAUGCUGCAGGUAAAUUUGAACAGAAGUUGAUUAUAUAAUUAUCUAUACACGCGAAUCGCAUGCAAAUUUAAACAUUUUGUUUUUCGUUUUCCUGUAGACCUUUCGCCCGCGGUGAACUGGUCUUCAGACGAUGACGCGUUACCGGAAGUGUUACCGAAAAAAAUGAGUGGCAAAACUGACGAUGAAAUUCAAAAAGCUCUUUUUCAAGCGUACGAAAACCAGCUGAAAGUGAUUUCCGAGUACAGUGGACACGUGUUGGAUCCAGAAUUUCCUUACGGGCAAUUCAAAGAUGAGAUGCCCGUAACGAAUGCGAGGACUUCUAACUCACAGUCUGAUAUUACGUUUUACAAUAACAACAUUAGAGGGUUUGUCGGUUACAACAAGAACAGUAUAAACAUUAAAUGGGUUCCAAAUCAGGUACCCACCAAUAAUUGACUAAUAUUGUAAUUGUCGGUUUAUUUACGCAUUUGUUUAUAUUAAGUAGGUACCAAAUAUAAUAGUCUGUUGCUCAGUUGCACCAACAUUAUCGUUAUUUAUUGAUAAAUUUAGCAGAGCUCGGGUAAGAGUAUUGCUCAGGGGCGUCUUCAGAUCAAUUCCAUGGAGAGAGCGAACAACUUUUACUCUUGAAUACCACCGUUUUGGUCAACAAAAAUUUAAAACUUUUUCGUCUGAUGUCAUUUCAACUUAUAUAAGCUUAGACGACUGUAGAUGUAUUGUACAAAUGCAGUAAAACAGUAUAAUUUAAGAUAAAUUAUUUUUUUUCAUAUUAUUUAAAUAAUAAUUAAAAUAACAUGAAUAUGAAUAACAACAAUUUGAACAAUUUGAACAAUUUGAAAAUUGGUUUUGAACAAUUUAAUUAAAAACGUAACCCUUUUUCUUCAUAAUUUCUUAUCCAAUUUAGACAAUAUGGUCCAUAAACAUAAAAAGAUCACCUACUGACCUGCAUCUAUUUAACAAAAAACAAAAAAAAAAAAAACUAAAUAUCUUAUAUAUAAAUAAUAUGAUGAUGAAAUCCUAAAUUUAAAUUUAUAAAUUGUAUAUUUGUAUGCCUAUUGUUUUUUAAGGUGGUUACGGAAAUAGGAUGGAAAGAAUGGAACAUUAGAGGAAGGUACACGUUUAUGAACUCUUCGUUUUUCGAUCAAGGAAAAUACCUCAUUAAAUUGCAAGAUAUAAAGUAUCUCGCUGGAACUACACUUUCGGAAAAUACCGAGGCUUACCCGUCAACAGUACCGAAAUCUAGUAUUUCGUAUAAAAAUAUUAUAUCGUCGUUUAUCACUAGUGGUUCAUUGGAAAUCUUGAAGAAUAGUGAUUUCCCAAAUAUCAAGUAAAUAUUUUGUAUAAUUAAAUAAAAUAAUCUUCUUUUUCUUUUUUUGACCUUUACAACACCGGAAAUGUUUUCUCCAUAACUCUCCAUCCAUCCACUCUCAUCACCCUAAAGGAUCUAAGGUCCUCUUCAACUACAUCGAUCUAUAAUUCCCUAGGUCUAAUUACCACGAGACUAAUUUCUCUGACAUAUUUUAAUUCUAGCACUGUUCUUAUGGUACACCUGUUGCUUUUCUUAAUACAAACAGUGAUUUUUUUUUUCAUGAACCAACAAUUAUCUCAGAGAAAGUGAAUUUGAUUUUUUUUUUUUAUCAUUGUGGAUGGAAUCAAUUAUUUUUAAUUAUUACCCCUACUCCAUAUACCUUAAAUAAGUAAGCACAUACUUCUAUUUUUCAAAUAGGAACCUCCCUUUUUGGACACAGAUUCGAAUAAAGAAAAAAAGAAAGAUUAAAUUUGUUUUUUUUUCUUUUAAUCGUUGUGAAAUCGUUUAUUUUAAAACAUUUUCACCCCUACUUCAUGCAUAUUAAAUAAAUACAUACUUUUGUUUUUCAAAUUUUAAAUUUAAAUAUUUUGCUUUGACCGUAGGUUUAUCUACUAUAUUUAGAUAAUAUAUGAAAAUAUAGGUUAUAAUACCUGCCUAAUAUUAUUUGUAAAUUAAAAAACAAAAAAAUAAAAAAUAUCGUUUGGUAAAAAAGCGAAUACAAUGGUUACGCAAUCCAUAUUAUAUCUAUACGCGUAUACGUAUUAAAUAUCAAUUCUAUUUCGUUGACAAGUUAUUAUAUUGUAGACCAUAAUAUUUUGGUCCGACGUGAUAUUAUACCAACCGAUUACAACACUAGCGUAAAAAUUUAAAUUUAAUUACACAAUAACGUAUAGGUAUUAAAAUACGGAAAAUGUAAUGUGUAAUGAUUACCUAUAUUGUUUUCAAUAAUUUGUUGGUAGCCACUAGCUACAGGUAUUUAUGAAAUUGGCGAACGGGCAGAAUAUCGCCACGAAACGUUUAAUUUACAAAUUCACCAUGGUUAAUAUUAAUUAAUCGAUUUUUUUCCCAUUGUAUUUAACAUAUUUUAAAACCUGUACAAUGAUAAUGUACACACCUUAAUUAUUAUUAUCAACACCUCCGGUGAUACCUAUAAUAAUAUUUUGAUAGCGUAACUACAAUCUAUUAAACAAUAAUUAAUGAUAAUGUUUAUACAAAUAGAUAUAAUGAGUACCUAUUAUUAUAGGUUUAAUUCGUCCAUACAUACCUAUUUAAUUAAAUUUAUUAGGUGAAUAUUUUAUUUUAAUUAGUUAUGUGUAACAGGUAUUUUAAAUAAUUAUAGACUGCAGGUUGAAUGUACGAUAUAGGUAUAGUCCAAUGAUAAAAAUGUUUUAACGAUCAUAUUAUUGUUAAUAUCGAUAACGUUUAAAAUUAAACGCUAAAAUGCAAUUGAGAACGCUCGGUUGAUUUUUUUUCCAACAUUGGCAUAUUUAAUAAUUUUUAUCGAACUACUGAGCACGAUAUUUGGUCUAGUUUUUUAUUCAAAUAUAUCAGAUGGUCAUAUUUUUUGUAUAAAAUAUAUUCAGGCUAUACCUAACAAAAAUACUUGACACCUGAAAUAACUAGGUAUUGUUCUGUUUAAUAUUUUCUAUUUUUUUUUUUUUUAUAUAUAUAUAAGUAUAUAAUUAAUUAAAACGUAUGCUAGGAUUCCAUUUUUUUUAAAUUGUUAAAUCCGUACUAUUUCAAAGACCACUAAUUUUUAAAUAUAUUUUUGAAAUAAAAUGUUGGUGUUGUAAAUAUUUAUUUUCGAUAAAUCUUUAACUUUCUAUAGUUCGUUGAAAUGUACAAAAAUCAUUAGUACAAUUAUUAUUUUUCAUAGGCAAUUGGUGAAUCGAUUGAUAUUACUUAGUAGUGGCAAUGAAAACAAUUUAAAUUGUUAUAAACUUCAACAAAUUUUAGAAAAUUAACGAUUCAUCAUUAUUAAAUAUUUGUAACACCAAAAUCGUGUUUCAAAAUAUAGUUAAAAAUUGUAUCUUGGAUUUCGUAAAAGUAAAUUAUAAUUUUUAGUUGAAAAAAAUAUAAAAUAAAAGAAUCAUAGAACUCUAAGAACUAUUGAAAAAAAAAAAAAAAAAUUAAAUAUAUUGAACAGAACAGUUAAUGCAUUAGUCAGAUCUUCGGGGUAUACGUUGUACGUACCUAUAUAAUAAUUAUAAUUUAUGGCUAUAAGUAAACAUUUGUAUUGCACAUUAAUUUUAGUUAUAUAUUAUAGUUAUACAUUUAUUGAUUUAUUUACAAUUUUCUAAAAUUGUAUUAUUAAUUCUGUUGUUAUUUUCUAUUACAAUUAUAUUUUCAGAUUAAAAAAUAAUAAAUAAAAACGUUAUUUUUUUAAACCGAGAAGUGCUGACUUGUAACUGUGUCUAUUAGUUGGCCAAAAGUAAUCGUUUAACCAAAAAAAUGUAACGUUCUAUUUCAUUGGAUAACUAAAUAAAUGAUAGGUAUAUAAUAACGUUGCACGUGAAUUCGUUCUCAAUUACUUUAGGUUUUUGGGCCAUCGGUAAGUUCUUUGUCAAUUUUAAGUGUUCUCAAUUGUUGGCCAUUAGGUAUAAUCUUUCGAAAAUUAAAACUACCUACCUAUAAAACAUUUUUUUAAAAAAACUAUAAAAAAAAUAGUAGGUAAAAAUAAUUUUUAUUUAUUACAUUAUAGGUAAUAUUAUAAAUGGGUAAUUUAAAAUCGACAAAAACAAACAAUUUUUAUAAACAUCAUCAUAACAAUAUUAUAAUAGUGAAUAAUACCAUAAUAUAUAAUAUAUGAAUAUAUUUGGUAAUUUAGUCCACCAACUUAUAACCAUUAUAAGCUCAAAUGCGUUUAAGAUUUUAGGGAGUAGAAGUCGUGAUCGUGUCUUCCCACGUCGGCGACUCCCAUUUUGCCGACAAAGAAACCAGUUUUAUAAGGUAUUAAAAAUCUUCCCAUUUCUCCGACACAUAAAUAUAUUAUCAUUUUGAAUUUAAAUAUUAUUGUUGCAAUAAAAUUAUUAUUGCUAAAGAAAUUCCAGCGCCACGAUCGCAGCAUGAGCUAAAGUAAAUAUAUAAAUUCAGUAUUAUCGGAAAUAUAAGAGCUAUUGACAAUAACAAUGUAGGUAAUCAGCGAUCAUAUAGAUGUUCAAAAGAAUUUUUCUCCGGUUUCGUCCGGUUUCGAAUAUUGCUCUUUUACAAUAAACUGUAAUACUAACAAUACAACUAAAUAAUAAAACUUCUUACAUAUUUUUACGAAUUUACUAGUAUAAUCUAUGUAAUAGGUAUGCUCAAAUACAUGGCGCAUAUUACACGCACUUAAAUAUUUCUGUAUUUUUAUUUAUGUCUUUAGAAAUACUCAAUUUAAUGAAUAUAAAAAAAAAUAAUAGAACAAGUUUGGAUCUUUGGGGGGAUAUAUUGAUAUUUUUAGGGGAGCUAAACUCUCAAAUCCACCGCCCUUCUAUUUACGUUUAUGUUGAUAAUGUAAAAUUCAAACGACUUUAUUGAAAAUAUUUGUCCAUUUUAUGUUUUAUAUAGGCACUUUGUAGAAGAUAUCGUUUUCCAGCAAGUGGCUGACCGUAUCGUUAAAGACACGCACAAUAACAUUACCGUGGCCAUACGCCAAGCCGUCAAACCGUAUAUCAUCUUUAAGAACGAUACGGACCCAAACUUCCCUGGUGUAACCGGAAAACUGAUCGUCGGCGGUGUGGGGUACAGCAUCACCAACACGGUCAUUAGCGGUCUGUCGAAUAUCGAACAAAAGUUGAAAAAGAUCGCCGUUAAAAUGGCCACCAACACGGCAAUGGCCGAUUUACGUAUGACGGUCCACAAAUUAGACGGCAAAUUCGACUUCAAGCUCGAAGAGAGUAAACCCGUCGUCGGCAAAGGGACUUUCGCAAUUACCCGAAUCGAUGUGAACGUGUCGUUCAACAUGCUCAAGCCCGCCGAAUGCAAGGCCGAAACCGCGGUAAACCAACCGGUUGUUAAAUACGGCACGAAAAUCUCGGCGGACAGUGAAAAAACAUUAACUAAUGCGUUUGUUGAGAAUGUUAAAAGUCAAUUGAACACCAUUGUUUGCAAAACGCUGAGCCAAAUGAUCAAAUCUGUAAAAUAGACGAUCGCGCAUAGUAUUUUUAUUUUUUAUUCAAUUAUUAUUGUAUACCCGUAUAAUUUGAUUUAUAUAUAUACAUUAAAAUAUAUUGAUUUAUAUGAAUUAACGAACAAAUGAUAAUUAUAAUAAUAAUCAUACGGUAUUCGAAAACAUAGUAUUGUAUUUUAUUAUAACAUUUUCAAAAGACUAUUAUAAACAAGUAGGUACAGAAUAUCAAUAAUAAUAAUUAUUGACUUUAUAUAAAAGAAAUAUAUAU